CUCUCGCUAAACCACCAACCAACCCGGAACCUUUAGGUCAACUAACAAUUGCUAAAAAACUAUUGCAACGAGUUCACCCUGAGAUUACCGAUUGUUUUUUCUGAACGGUUGAAAUAUUUCUCUGAGCGGAGACGCUUCCGCGGGCUGAAGAAGUUCCCUCCGAGGGGAAAAAUAGACCCUCGCAAAUGCCUCUCCCUCCAACCGCGGCGGUUCCUGUGGGACAGUAAAGUUGUUAAAGUUGUUAAAGUUAGUCCUCGACUUCUCAAACCAGCUGCAGAGUGGUGGAGCUGCGAGGUGCCAACAUGCCUCAACAGAAGGACAUAGUAAAGAUUGCCAUUCAGAUGCCUGGGGCCUACCCCCAGCUCAUACAACUGGACCAGAAAAAGCCUCUCUCUGCUGUAAUAAAGGAAGUGUGUGAUGGCUGGAAUCUCCCGGGUCCUGACAACUACGCCCUGCAGUACGCUGACGGAGUGCAGACGUACAUCACCGAGUCGAAUCGUCUGGACAUUAAGAACGGCUGCAUUCUGCGUCUGACCAAGGCACCGGGCCGCUGUGCAGAGGACCUGUACAAAGGCAUCCAGAGCUCCGACUCGGGGGUGCGCUGCGAUUCGCUGAAGGAACUUGCAAACGUUUCCACGGACGUGACCUUUGCCCAGGAGUUCAUCAGUCGAGACGGGCACCUCUUAUUGGUCAAAAUAGUGGAGGACGCUAAAGAGAGCAAUGUGAUAAUGACCCACACCUUGAGUGGCUUCAUGGAGCUGAUGGAUCAUGGGAUAGUGUCAUGGGAGAACCUGUCGUCUGUCUUCAUCAAAAAGAUUGCAAGCUUUGUCAACGCCAAGCUGACUGACGUGUCAAUGCAGCAGGUGUCCUUGGACAUCCUGGAGAGCAUGGUGCUGAGCAGCCACAGCCUCUUCCUGGAGGUCAAACAGGAGAUCACCAUGGAGCGACUCAUCGCGCACCUCCAGGUGACGAACCAGCAGAUACAGACCAAAGCCAUGGCGCUACUUAUGGCGCUCCUCCAAACAGCCGGGGACUCCGACAGACAGGAUAUUUUUGCGUUCCUAAAUAAGAAGAAUCUCCGGCAGUACAUUUAUAAAAACAUCAUCCAUAGUUCGGGUUCGGUCCAGGACAAGAUGGCCCACUACCUCUAUGUCCUGCAGUCGGUCACCUUAAAUCACAUGGAGGCCCGCAUGAGGACUCCUAUGGACUGUUACAGCCAGGAGCAGAGAGAUAUCCUUCACAACUUGCGGCUCGCAGCAUUUGAGACGGAGACGGAGAACAGUCUGAACCACGAGAGACGACGCUCGCUCUGCGCCAAAGAGUUCAAGAAGUUGGGCUUCUCAAACAACAGUAACCCGGGUCAGGACCUGGUGCGGACGCCCCCCGGCCUUCUGGCUCUGGACACCAUGUGUUAUUUUGCUGCACGUUACCCUGAUGCCUACAGCAGGUUUGUCCUGGAGAACAGCAGCAGGGAGGACAAACACGAGUGUCCGUUUGGACGGAGCAGCAUCCAGCUCACUCUCAUCCUGUGUGAAAUCCUUCGUAUCGGCGAGCCGCCCUCGGAGACGGGCAGUGACUACCACCCCGUCUUCUUUAGUCAGGACCGGCUGAUGGAGGAGCUUUUCUGUGUCUGCAUUCAGCUGAUCAACAAGACGUGGAAGGAGAUGAGGGCCACGCAGGAGGACUUUGACAAGGUGAUGCAGGUGGUGAGGGAGCAGAUCACCAGGACGCUGUCCAGUAAGCCGACCUCCCUGGAGCUCUUCAAGAACAAAGUCAACGCCCUGAACUACAGCGAGAUCCUCAAACUGCGGCAGACGGAGCGGCUGCACCAAGAAGAGACCCUGGCUCUGCCCGUCGUUGAGCUCAAAGAGCGCCUGAAGCCGGAGCUGCUCCAGUUGAUCCGCCAGCAGAGACUCAACAGGCUGUGUCAAGGAACAAUGUUCAGGAAGAUUAGCAGCCGACGCAGACAGGAUAAGCUGUGGUACUGCCGCUUGUCCCCUAAUCACAAAAUGCUUCACUACGGCGACGUGGAGGAAGACACAGACAGUCCCACUGUCGAAACUCUGCAAAAGAAGAUCCCAGUAGCAGAUAUCAAAGGCUUGCUGAUGGGGAAAGACUGUCCCCACAUGAAGGAGCACAAAGGCAAACAGAACAAGGAGAUACUUGACCUGGCAUUUAGCAUCACGUAUGACGUAGAGGAGGACAGCCUGAACUUCAUCGCCCCCUCCAGAACUGACUUCUGCCUGUGGACAGAUGGACUGAGCGUUCUGCUGGGCCGGGACAUGAGUAGUGAAUCGAUGCACAGCGAGCUGGAGAUCCUGCUCUCGAUGGAGAUUAAGCUCCGCCUCCUGGACCUGGAGAAUGUUCACAUUCCCGAUAGUGCGCCGGUCGUCCCCAAACCGCCGAGCAACUUCAACUUCUGCUACGACUUCAGCCAGACGGAGCAGUAGAGUGUGUGCAUUCGCCGUGGUGCAACUAAGAAUUGUGAAAGUGUAAAAAAAAAAAAAGGUGUGUGGGUGUGUGUGUGUGCGUGUGCGUGUGUCUGAAACAAAUGGUGCAUGGGUGUUGAGCUCCGACCUGUGCCUCCAUGCACUUAUUCCUUUAACACAGGUUUGUUUUGUAAUCAUUCAAUAAUUCCAAAUAUAUCUUGACUAAACCGUGUGUGUGAGAAAAGAUGCUUUGAUAUUUGUCUCAAAUGCAAGUUUGUUUUGUCUUUUUUUUUUUUCUUUCAAUGGGCAUAAACUAGAACCCAGAGCGUUCUCAACAUAUGGUACGUCAUUCAUUUUUCAACAUAUGAAGGACAAAUACCGUUUUUUGUUUUUUUGUUUUUCAUUUUUGUGUUUUGCUUAAAUAUACCUAAUACAGGUACUGGCCUUGGUAUGGAUCCCAGUGGCUCAAUAUGAUUGAUAUGAAACAUCUGUAUAACGUCUGAUUCUAUUACAGUGAUGUACAUCUACACUCUUAAACAAGCCAACCUUUUGGUUUUUGCCUUUAGUUAUUAUCAAUAGGAAGCAGAACCUUCGCCAUGAUCAACCGUUUUCUAAUGAGCAGAAUUUGUGCAUCCAGCUAGCAAACAUCUGCAUAUCUCUGUAUGACGCAGUAUGCAAUCAAUGGUCCUUCAGAUUUUCCCUUUCUUGGAUCUGAUCCUUAAACUGAUUUUACAAAAUGGACAGUAAUAUGAUGAUGAUAUUGCUACUCUCAAAGCAGGUACUGAUGAACUGACCCAGGUCUACAGUGUAUCCCAUGGUACAGGGUUAUUUCAUUUACAGUAUUCUCACCGUUAAGUGUUCUCUGCAGUGCAUUCCUGACACACAACUUCCUGUGAUAUUAUGCACUUUUGAUGACUUAACAAUAAUAAACAGUUUGAAUGCUACCAAAAAAUAAGAAUGUGUGCGUUCUU